GCUUUGUCGUAGCGUAGUGCCCAGCACCAUUUUGCCUUGCUCGCGACACGCAGGCCCACAGUCGCAAAUACACCGCUCAAACGUCUCAUCGCCAGACUUACCGCAUUGCACGUGUACCGUGACACCGUAUAUUUAGAUUCCCUGCGCCAUCAGCGAUCAUGAUGGCCUCGAUGCACCUGUGCAUGAGCCGGAAUGAACAAACACCAUUAUACAUGAGUAUGAGGACUAGCGCAUGAACCUGCCCCAUCAUGCAUGCAUUGACACACGUGGUUGCACCCAUCGAAAGAGAGCAGAAUGGACAGAUGAUAUGCCCUCAACUUCGCCAUGACCUUCCUAUCCCGCGCUGCCAUCUUCUUUCCUGCUGUUUGUAUAUCACUCCUAAGUUUCGAGGUUACCUAUAACCUUAUACUCAGUGUCAUCGGCCCCCCAUCCUACGACACCUUGAGGGGCAUUCUCUUGAACUGCGGCUCAACUUUGUUUGCGUGCACAUGGACUGCCAUCUAUCCGGACAUUCCGGGUAUGGACGAGGGGGUAGUUGCUACUACCUUUCGUCAUCUGCUCUUCAUGGUUAUUGCGUGGCUCGCCCCUGAACUCGUGCUCGCCUCUGAACUCGUGCUUGCCCCUGAACUCGUGCUCGCCCCUGAACUCAUGCUCGCCCCUGAACUCGUGCUCACCUGGGCCUCAUACCAAUCUUCCUGUGCUCGAAUAGUUGCAAAGGCCUUCAAUGAUGCCUUUGAUGCGCAACACGCCCAGCCCCAUGGCGAUCAUGGAGCCAUAUGGCAGGGCGAGCUGGCACUUAUGCUACUCGGUGAUAUCCCAGACUCAAGCAGAAGUUCAAGCGAAAGAUGGACGGUAACGCAUGGGUUCUUCGCAUGUAUGGGUGGAUUUAUGCUCUACGUCGAUGGUGAGCCACGGGCCACUCUCACAUCCAAUGAACUCCUGCGGUUUGUUCGUGAGGGAUCUGUAAAGAUGCCUAUCAUCACGAAGGCAGACAUAGAAGACCGAAGCAAGAGUGAUGUACUAGCUAGAUGCGUUGCUAUUCUUCGGCUGGCGUGGUUCAUCAUCCAAUUUACGGUCCGCUACCAAUGGGGCCUCCCAGUGACAUUGCUUGAAAUCGACACUCUGACUGUAAUUGUGCUGACCUUCCUUGUCUAUGGCUCGUGGUGGGAGAAGCCAAAGGACGUACGACAUCCUCAUAUUGUUCAUUGGAAUUCGGACGUAACUGCUCCCCCACCACGUGACAGCUUAACCCACGAAAAAGGGUAUAGCCCAUUAAUAUUAAGGCUUGCGUCUCUACUAUUCGACCGCAGGAUUCGACAGUCGAGUAUCUCGGCCUGGACUGUGACCAGUUUCUUUGGUCGUGGAUGUGUCUAUGGGAUGAUAUUUGGAUACUUUCAUUGCGAUACCAUAAUGGAAUUGAAUGUCUUCUUUCCGAGCCACGCGGAGCAGAUAUUGUGGCGUUUGGCUUCCAUGGGAUAGUAUGUUUGUGUUUACCGUUAGCGGUGUUGUUCCUCUGUUUCCGUCUGGCUGGAUAUUUGGACAUACUGCCUGCAGCGGUGUACAACGUAUUAUUGAACAAAUCCGAACAUUCACUUUCAGCUAAAUUCAUGGAGAUACUUAGAAUUCUCGUCAUGUUAUACAUUCCUAUGCGUAUUACAAUGAUUGUACUUAUGAUACUGAACUUACGAUCACUAUUUCCUUUCAUAUACUAGUAUACAGUGCCUGGUUAUUCCACACAGGUCUGGUCAAUUCUAAAAUGUCGUUGUCGAUGUCGAACUUGACCUUAUUGCCAU